AAUAUCUAUGCAAAAGGUAAAGGUCCAACGUUAUAUAUCCGGAAAACGUCCCGACUAUGCCAAAUACAAUUCCAGUUCUGAGGAAAGUGAUACCGACGAUUUCCUGGAACAUCGUCGAAGGCAGCAAUAUGAAAAGAGGCACCACAGGGGAGAUGCUAAGGAUGAGGAACAUGAUAGGGAGGGCAGAAGUAGACGCCAUGAAGACAAACACGAAAACAAUGACGACGACGAUGAUGAGGAUGUCGAUGAUCCACGUCUGAGACGUUUACGUGCCCGCCCCGUUGAACAAGAUGAACUGGAAAGAGAACGUAUGGAACGACAUCGUCACAUCCAUGAACCUGAACUUCUGGAAGAAAGUGAUUCGGAAGAAGAAGAAAAUGAAGAUGAGAAGGCUAUGCAAAAAGCCACCAAUAAAAUUACAUUGGCUUCCGAAUCGGAUUCCGAUUCAGAUGUAAGUGAAACGGAAUUGGAACAAAGACGUCUCAAGUUACGUCAACGUAUGUUACAACAACAAAAAGAAGAGGAAAUUCUCCAAAAGGAAGAAGAGAAACAAUCUGAAUCAUCUGAUUCCGAGAGUUCCGAAUAUGAGGAAGAAACCGAAAGUGAGGAAGAUAAUGAGCCACGUCUGAAGCCGUUGUUUGUGCGUAAAAAAGAUCGUGCCACAAUACAGGAAAAGGAACGUGAGGCACAGAAACAAAAACAAUUAGAACUCGAAGCAAAACGUUUGGCCAAGGAGAGGAGACGUAACACUUUGCGUCUGGUCGAGGAGAGUGUCAAAAAAGAUUUGGAAAAGACAAAGAACGAUACUGCUGAACCACAAAUUGAAGAUGUUUGCACAGAUGAUGAGAACGACGAAGUGGAAUAUGAAGCAUGGAAACUACGUGAACUCAAACGCAUGAAACGCGAUCGUGAAGAAAGAGAAAAUGCCGAACGCGAAAAGGCCGAAAUUGAGCGUAUGCGUAAUCUCACAGAAGAAGAAAGACGACAAGAAUUGCGUGUCAAUCCGAAAAUUGUUACCAACAAAGCUGUCAAGGGCAAAUAUAAAUUCUUACAAAAAUACUAUCAUCGUGGUGCCUUCUAUUUGGAUGAAGAAAACGAUGUGCUGAAACGCGAUUUCGCCCAAGCCACCCUCGAAGAUCAUUUCGACAAGACCAUCCUUCCCAAAGUAAUGCAAGUGAAAAAUUUCGGCCGUUGUGGUCGUACCAAAUAUACACAUUUAGUUGAUCAAGAUACAACGAAAUUCGAUUCGCCAUGGUAUGCCGAGACAGCAAAUAAUCUGAAAUUCCACAGUGAACGUGGUGGCGGCAUGAAGCAAGUUUUUGAGAAACCUUCACUUUCGAAACGUAAAAAACUGGAUUAAU